AUGGACGAGUUUUCAUGUCACGGAGGCCUCAUCGUGGAUGAGAUGAAACUCUCGGAACACCUGUCGGUAAACAGUGAGGGCCACAUUGACGGCUUCGUCAACUAUGGUCAAUUUACGUCUGAGGAAGAUAAGCACACUGUGAUGGAUUCACUGUCUUCCGGCCGUCAUCGCAGAAGCCGGUUCGCUUUCGCCAUCAUCGUAGUCACCAUCGUUAUUUUCGUCGUCGUGAUUGUCUACUAUAGUACCGUGGAAAUCGUAGCCUCCUACAGGGCGUCCAAGAGUUCAAAGCGGCCGAACUUGUGCAAAACUGCUGACUGUGUUGUGCAUUCUCGCCUCUUGACUGAACCCGUCGGCAGAAACGUCGACCCAUGUGAAGAUUUCCAAGAUCACGUCUGCGCGGCGUGGCGUCAGCUGGAGCACGUCCGCGACGAGCGGGUCGCUUCUGCUGUAGGCGAAGUCCGCACGGUGUGGUACGAGAACCUCGAAAGUUUGCUCCGGAAGGCGACAACGCUCAUUAAGGCUUCAAAGAAACCCCUUGCUAUGCUCCGCUCAUGCGCCCAGAAGCUUAGAGCCAGACCUACGGAUGUUGCGCUGUUCCGCAGCUUCAUGGGCAAGCUCCGCCUGUCCUGGCCAGAAGAACCACCAAGUGACGUCGAACCUUUAGGUGUCCUUCUCGACCUCACCUUCAACUGGGGUCUCUGUUUCUGGCUGCGUAUAAGGCUGUCAAAAAAACCUGGCUCAGCAUUAGGAAGCAGGAUCAGGAUCAUGCUCUCGCCCGGCCAGAGUGCCUCUGUCUACACUUUCGCCAUGCGAUAUUACAGACUGGUCAUCGAAGGAACGUACGCUCGCUACUGGUCGCGACUUAGGGACUUACUGAACAGCGAAGAGUCAUCUAACGACAGCGAUAGGAUCAAUCGCGGCCAAACGGUGGAAGGAAAAGUAAUCAAGUUGCUAGUCUCCAUCGUUAACAAGCAUCCAGUCGAUCCAGUUUCCGUCCCACUCUCAAAUAUAUCAUUGUUCACGCAUCCUGUGCCAUCCACUGAGUGGCUGGGGCAACUGAACAAUGUGUUGCGUUACGAGGGGCCGUUCAGUGGUGACGACGAACUGCUUGCGAGCGACAGAAUGCUAUUGAACACAAUCGGCAAGCUCUUCGCGAUGUUCAGCCAUAGCGAGUUACUCAGCCAUCUAUCCUGGCAGUUUGUGCAAGCCUACGCUCCCAUUCUGGACCAGAGCCUCGGAGACUUCUUCAGUGACCGAGAUUUUCGCAUAUUCUGCGCCGCGCAGGUGUCGUCAUCGUACAGCCCGCUUAUCACGACUAUCUACACUCGGCUUAACCCGCCGCAAAAGAACCACCGCUACUUGGCCAGCAAUCUGAGCAUGAUUCUGAAGCACACCGUCCAAAGAAUCGUCCGUUCCACCCAUCUCGACAACCUAACAAAGACGGCCGCCACCAAGAAGCUCAUGGCGAUGAAUGUCCGCCUGUGGCCUGUGGGCGAGCUGCUACGAAAUCCGGAUAAGAUAUACUCCGGAUUCCCUGAAAAUGGAGAAUCGUUUGUUCAUCUCUGGGUCGACACGCGACGGUCGCUGCGGAGUAUGGUCGGCACUGCCUACGUGAUGGCACCGAAUGCCAUGUUCUAUGGGGGUCUCGGAUUUCUGGUAGCAGAAGAAGUGCUCAAGAUGCAAGACGCGGUGGGUGCCCGCUUCCAUGCCAACGGCAGCGUGGUCCCUUUCUGGCUCUAUAAGAACUCACGCAAGCUGCUUGAGAACCACGAGACCUGCCUGGGGGUCAGAAACAACCUUGGCAUGUAUCUGCCGGCAUUGGAAGUCGCCUACUCAGCGUUUCGAGAAGCAACUCACCACGAUAAGCACCCAAUGCAGCUGAGUGAUGAGUUGACGGAGCCGAAGGUUUUCUUCAAGACAGUCUGUUUGACGACGUGCGCGACGAGGGGCUUCGGACAUGGUGUCCCUUUGGUGGACUGCAACCAGCUGAUGAAGAACUCACUAGAGUUUGUUGCUACCUUUAGCUGCAAGGAAGUGUCGCGCUAUGAACAGCAUGUACAAGUGUCCAUACUUUCAGUGAGUAAUAGCAAAUCCUGA